CUGUGCGGCCACAGCACCACUCGUACUCCAUCAGCCAUGUCCUCCGUCACCUUACCUGAACUCUGGGAUUACUUUAUAAUGUACAUGACCGGAGUGAAAGAGUUUAAUCCACAUACCCGGGAACUUGACCUGAGAAUGUUCCCCGUGAGGAUGACCAGUACCUGUCAGAACAGUAGAAGGACACUAAUGGGUCCGUAUGGGGUAGAUCGUGCCGUUCAUGAAAUAGAAUUUACCGACUGUGAGAAUGGACUGGGGAUCAAAGUGAUUGGAGGAAUGAAGGAGUUAACGGGAGAGGAGUUUGGAGUCUACGUGAAAAGGAUUUUACCAGGUGGCCUUGCUUCAAGUGAUGGACACCUUCAGGCGGGAGACCAGAUCUUGGAGGUGAAUGGGGAGAGUUUACUAGGGGUCACCAGUGAAAGAGCAGUAGACGUUCUGAGAUCAGCGUCCUCGAGCAACCAAAUGCGCCUUCUGAUCGCCAGAGACGAGGAAGCCAGGAGAGAGUUUUCAGAGCUUUUGGAGAAGUAUGGAUCCAGCAGUAGUACUGGGUCGACACGCAACUCUCCCAUCCAGCAUGCAGGCAGAUAUCUGGACAGCACAUCGUCCGGGUCCUCGUCACGCUCCCAGAGUCCUUUGCUUUUGAGUCCUGCUGGCUCUCAGAGCACCUACAACAACCCUCUACUGCGCUCCCUCAGUCACCCAGGAGAGGGUGUGAUCCAGCUGAUCUCUGUAGCCCGCUCCUCUAGUCUGGGCAUCACCAUCGGCGGAGGCUCCAAUAGACCGGACGGCCCUGCCGUCUUCAUCCAGGAGGUUCUGUCUGGGGGAGACUGCCACAGGGAUGGGCGCCUGAGGCCAGGGGAUCAGCUCAUUGCCAUCAACAAGGAGUCCUUGAUAGGUGUGACCCACGAGGAGGCUAAGAGCAUGGUCAACAAGGUCAAAUUCAGUCAAGAGGCGGUGGUGGAGGUUGCUUUCAUCCCUGGUAAAGGUCCGUUCCCCAACAGCACGUCUUUACACAACGGUGUCCAGCGCGGCGUUGGCAACGGGUACAGCUCCGGACGCUUAAAAGUCCACGUCAGAUCACCAGAGAUCCGUACGGGGGAACCCGCCCCACUGCCUUCUCCCUCCCCUGACAUCUGCCCUCCAGAUAUACACAUUUCAGGCUCGGCCCCCACCCAGAGAACAGUGUUGUCUGCAGCCAAACCCAAGAUCACCCUGGACCCUCACAUACGCCUCAAGUCUGACAAACUGGACCUGGCGUUGUCGUACCUGGGUCUGGACUUGACGGAGGAGAAGAGGAGGAAGCUGAGACAAAGUCUUAUCACUGACCCACAGGGAACCGUGUCCUACGGAGACUUUGUUGAGGCCACACGCAACGUCUACCAAGAGAAUCUGGAGGAGGCGGGACUAGGGCAGAAAGAGUUCAUGUUCUCCUAUCACGAAGCAGCUAGCUUGAUGGACACCUCUGCCUUCCACUCCCCGACCUUUGAUUCAGAUUCCUACAGUAGUGAAGAACUGGAGCACUUUCAGGCGGAGGUGAAACAGCUGCAGAACCAGAUUAAACAACUCAAGUCCAAUCACAGCCAGCCUGCUGGUUUUCCUACACUACCCCAGAUCAGUCAGCCUGCUGGUUUUCCUACACUACCCCAGGUCAGUCAACCUGCUGGUUUUCCUACACUACCCCAGGACACAGAGCACAGCAAGUCGACCCAGGAGGAGGAGUUACACAACACCUCAGAGAAAGCGUGUGCGACGGUGGAGGAGAACAGUCGUCUGAAGACUCGUCUGCAGGUAGCGGAGGCAGUGCAGAGAGACAGACAGAGUAACAGUGCAGAGCAGGACUAUGAAGAGGUCAUUACACUGCUAGAGGCUGAGAUCAAAGACCUGAAGAACCAACUGGCGGGCAAGAAACAGAAGGGUCUGGAAGCUACUAAGGAAGAUGUGAUGGAGUUAAACAGGAAGUUGUCGAUGAUUGACUGUCAGCUGAGGAAGUCUGAGCUGAGCAGAAGACACCUGGAGAUCUCCAACAAGAAACUACUGGGAUUCGCACAGAAUGUUCACAAAGUGCUCACCACCCCCAGCUUGUUUGGAAUGGAAAAUGGGUAA